AUGAGCGCUUUGGUUGCCCCGGAAAGCAACCCACCAGCAGGGUCUUUCAAGAUCGAGAUCGAUCCCGAUGAUCCUCGCCAAAUGACUCUUGCAAACACGCUGCUACCUGUUCGUUUUGUCACGGCAAGGAGCAUGAACGCCCCAAGCACAGGGGACAAAGAGGGCGGCAUGCCUUGCAACGCAGGAGUCUUUUUGCCUAGCGGCCUAGCGCAGAUGCUCAGUUUUGAAGCCGCGUUUUUGCGGAAGAAUGGCAGCAUUGAACGCAGAACGCCGCGUGCGUCCUCGCAUUGCUCCAGCAAACCCCGUGUCUCCUUUGGUCGGCAGUCUGAGAUUCUGCAAGUCCGGAUCCUGCAGGAUGGCGUUGAAGCGGGAUUGGUCGUGAAGGAUUCGGAGGCAUCGAUCUACACGGGCUUUCUUCAGUGGCAACAUGUCAAAGCUUCCAACUGUCGGUUUGAGGCCAUGAAUUCCAAUCGGGCCAUCAACGAUUCCGUGGUGGAGGCCAGAUUCAAGGAGAAUCUGGAAGAGUUGGCAGCCCACGAUCGCUUCAAAGACUUUGGACAGAUCAAUUUGCUGAUUUUGCUCAACGACCCUCAGCAUGUCUUCUAUGUCAUGGAUGGACAGCACAGGUGCAGAGUCAUGGAACGAUUGCAUAGACACACCAACCGCGAUAUCAAGUUCCAGUUUCGAGCAAAGGCAGUCUCAGAUGAAGCUGAAGCGCACCGAGAGUUGAUCCAUUUUCAAAAUGCCUAUCCUUCAGAUCCGCGGGCCUUUUUCUCCAACAAAAGGGCUAGGCAAGUGGGAACCUCUGUGCUGCAGCGAUUGAGAACCAAGUUUUCUUCCCAGGAUUUGUGGAUGGAUGUGACUACAUUUCGUUCUGGAAAGAGAACUGGGGAUCCCAACAGGCCAAAGUUGAACGAUUUUCUGAUCUUUUGGCUUCUUCAAGAUUCGCAACUCCUGUCUUCGAGUGAGAAUGAUGUACAAGUCUUUGAGCGUUUGCUGAAAAUGAAUGCGGUGAUGCAACGGAUUGCAAACGAUGAAAGAGCCAAACUGGGAAAGGGUGUUACGGAGAACAUGGUCCGUUCCGCACAGCGCUGGGGUUGUUUCUUGGGCUUCUUCCGAGUAGACCAGCUGCGUUGGUACGAACUUGCUGACCGAUUGGCAGCUCCUGGCAACCCUGAGGAGGAACGCGAAGCUCGUGAAUCUGUGUCCUGUGUCAUUUGUCUGGCCGCAUCCAGGAGCAUCCUCUUCCGCCCGUGUCGCCACGUUUGCUGCUGUUCAGCGUGUGCAGAAAACCUGGAUCGUUGCCCUGUGUGCCGUGAGCCUGCUGAGCUCAAGGAGAAUGUCUACGUGCCUUGA